AUGAAUAUUCAAUAUACUAGUCCUGAAAUAGUUUAUAAACAAGUAUAUCGUGGCCAUCCUGGUCUAGAGAAUAAUAGUUAUAGUAAUAAUAAUAGUAAUAGUAAUAAUAAUAAUAGUGGAAUUGAAAAUAAUGCCACUGAACCUCACUCUAAGCAAGCACCUGAAUCAAUACAAAUAUCGUUUCCUACUACAGAAGUCAUCGGACAUGGCUCCUUUGGUGUCGUUUUCACUACAACAAUACGGGAAACAAACGAAUCUGUCGCAAUUAAAAAAGUUUUACAGGAUAAAAGAUUCAAAAAUAGAGAAUUGGAAAUUAUGCAACAAUUAAUACACCCAAAUAUAAUCGAUCUAAAAUAUUUUUUCUAUGAAAAGGAUGACCAAGGUGAAGUCUAUUUGAAUUUGAUACUGGACUAUAUGCCACAAUCGUUAUACCAGAGAUUAAGACAUUUUGUUCAUCAAAAGACUCUAAUGCCUAGACUAGAGAUCAAAUUUUACAUGUAUCAAUUAUUUAAAUCGUUGAAUUAUUUACAUAACUAUGCAAAAGUUUGUCAUAGAGACAUUAAACCACAGAAUUUACUGGUUAACCCGCAAAAUUGGUGCUUGAAAUUAUGUGAUUUCGGUAGUGCUAAAAAAUUGUCUCCAAAGGAACCCAACGUGUCUUACAUCUGUUCUAGAUAUUAUAGAGCACCAGAAUUAAUAUUUGGCGCCACAAAUUAUACUAACCAGAUUGAUCUGUGGUCGAGUGGAUGUGUAAUGGCGGAACUAUUACUGGGUCAACCAAUGUUUCCUGGCGAGAGUGGGAUCGAUCAAUUAGUAGAAAUUAUCAAGAUACUGGGCACACCAACAAAACAAGAAAUAUGUUCAAUGAAUCCAAAUUAUGCAGAACAUAAGUUCCCACAGAUUAAAGCUAUCCCCUUGUAUAAAGUAUUUAAAAAAGAAGAUGAAUAUACCAUCGAUUUGCUAGCAAAUAUCCUGAAAUACAACCCUAACGAAAGAUUUGAUCCGUUACAAUGUCUUUGUGCCCCAUAUUUUGACGAAUUGAGAUUCACUGAUGGUGGUACUAAGAUUAACGAAAUGAUAAGUGAAUUGAAACUUUUAGAUUUUAAUAGCAUUACAGAGUUGGGAUAUUUAAAUGAGGAAGAAUUGAUUGUGGCUAAACAAAAGUUGACUCCAAGACAAAUGGCUGGAAAAGAAUAA